UGCAAACCAAACAGUCUUCCAGCUCUGCACAAGAUGCAUGUCAAGUUUGGAGAUACGGUCAAAGUUAUAUCUGGACGAGACAAGGGUAAAAUCGGAGAAGUCACUAAGAUCUUUACCCACAACAGUACAAUUGUCAUCAAAGAUGUUAACCUCAAGACCAAACACAUGAAGAGCCGUGAAGAGGGAGAGCCUGGCCAAAUUCUUAAGAUCGAAGCGCCGAUCCACAGCUCAAAUGUGAUGCUGCAUUCUAAAGAAAAGGAAGUGGUAAGUCGGGUGGGUCACAAGGUCCUUGAAGAUGGACAUAAGGUAAGAUAUCUGAUCUUAACUGGGGAACUUAUCGACACCGUUGCGAAAUGGAAGCAACUUAAGGAGGCAAAGGAUAAAGAAACAACUCAAGCUGCAGUUGCCUCCGCAUCUUAGCAUCUUCCCUCUUCAUGUUUUAAAUCUCCCACAUAAACACAUUUUUGCUUCCUAAAAGUCAGCUUGGAAUGAUACUUAAACAUGUGCCUUAUUCAAAAGAUAACAAUCUUUACUAAGUAUAUAUUUUACAAAGCAACCGAAUAUGCUUAUAACAGUCAAAGUUUUACAACAAACAUUUCGACCAUGGUAAGAUGCUU